GGCAGCCCCUGCCGCCCGCGCUCGGUCCUCCACCCCCGGGGAGAGGGGCUGCAGCCAUGGUCCCCCCGAGAGCCGCUGUCCCCCCGGGCCUCGGCGGCUCCCUCCCUGCCGGCGCGCUGCUCCUGCUCGGCUACCUGAAUUUUGUUCCAUCUUUGGGUAGGCAGACUUCCCUGACUACGUUGGUGAUGCCCAGAGCAGAACAGAGCACGGCUUACACGGACUUUAUUUAUUUUACUGCCUUUGAAGGAAGUGUGCGCAACGUCUCUGAAGUCUCGGUGGAGUAUUUAUGCUCUCAGCCUUGUGUUGUCAAUUUGGAAGCAGUUGUUUCAUCCGAGUUCAGAAGCAGCAUUCCCGUAUACAAAAAACGGUGGAAGAAUGAGAAGCAUCUUCACACCAGCAGGACACAAAUAGUUCAUGUGAAAUUCCCAAGCAUUAUGGUGUACAGAGACGAUUACUUCAUCCGACACUCCAUUUCCGUGUCCGCGGUGAUACUCCGAGCCUGGAUUACUCACAAACACAGUGGCGGGGGCUUGAAUGUUCGAUGGGAGGAAAACCUGCUACAUGCUGUGGCAAAGAAUUACACCCUGCUGCAAACAGUCCCGCCUUUUGAACGUCCUUUCAAAGACCAUCAGGUGUGCCUGGAGUGGAACAUGGACUACCUUUGGAACCUCUGGGCCAACAAGAUCCCCCAGUGUCCUCUGGAAAGUGAUACAGUUUCCCUCCUUGACUUUCCCUACGCCUCCAGUGGAGAAAACACAGGCAUCGUAAAGAAGCUUCUAGGGUUCCAAAACCGGGAGCUGGAAGCCACACGAUGCCAGCGCGUGGAUUACCCAGUGUUUACUCUUUCAUUGUGGCUCUAUUUACUGCAUUAUUGCAAGACCAAUCUCUGUGGAAUUCUGUACUUCAUUGAUUCUAAUGAGAUGUACGGCACACCUUCUGUAUUUCUUACCAAGGAGGGCAAUUUGCAUAUUCAAAUGCAUCUUGUCAAAGGAGAAGAUCUGGCUGUAAAAACAAAGUUCACCGUACCUCUGAAGGAAUGGUUCCGACUGGAUAUCUCUUUUAACGGAGGCCAGAUAGUUGUAACCGCCAGCAUCGGGCAGGACUUGGAAAGCUACCGUAAUCAGACCAUUAGCUUUCCAGAGGAUUUCUAUUACAAUGACACAGCUGGAUAUUUCAUUAUUGGAGGGAGCAGGUAUGUGGCUGGCAUUGAAGGGUACUUUGGACCCAUGAAGUACCAUCGUCUCCGCAGUCUGCACCCUGCUCAGGUCCUCAAUCCCUUUCUCCAGAAGGAACUUGCUGAACAAAUCAAGUUAUAUUAUGACCGGUGUGCUGAGGUUCAAGAAAUAAUCUCUGAGCAUGCUUUGACAGUACAGGUUGAGGGUGAGAGGCAAGAGGCAUGUAACUCCCACAACUCCUACCUGGACCUCAAGCGCAAGUAUGAGGCACCUGCUGUGUGCAGAGCCUUCCCCCGGGAGAAGGAGCUGAGAGACAAGUACCCGAGCCUGUUCCAGGCGCUGCUGCACAUGGAUCUGCUGACGGUGCCAAGGAGCCAAAAUGAAUCUAUGUUAGAAAUCGGCAGGCGGAUAUUUGAGAAGGCUGUAAAGAGACUCUCCAGCGUUGAUGGUCUUCACCAAAUUAGCUCUGUCGUCCCUUUUCUGAUGGAUUCCAGCUGCUGUGGUUAUCAUAGAGCAUCCUACUACCUCGCAGUCUUCUAUGAAACUGGAUUAAGUGUGCCCCGGGAUCAGCUGCAGGGCAUGCUGUAUAGUUUGGUUGGAGGCCAGGGCAGUGAGAGGCUGUCUUCAAUGAAUCUUGGGUACAAACACUACCAAGGUGUUGAAAACUACCCGUUGGACUGGGAACUGUCAUAUGCUUACUAUAGCAACAUUGCUACAAAGACACCCCUGGACCAGCACACACUUCAGGGAGACCAGGCAUAUGUUGAAACCAUUAGACUGAAAGACGACGAAAUACUUAAAGUACAAACCAAAGAAGAUGGUGAUGUGUUCAUGUGGCUGAAGCAUGAAGCUAUGCGCGGCAACGCGGCAGCCCAGCAACGACUGGCCCAGAUGCUGUUCUGGGGACAGCAAGGGGUGGCCAAGAACCCAGAGGCUGCCAUCGAGUGGUACGCCAAGGGAGCCUUGGAGACGGAGGACCCCGCGUUGAUAUAUGACUACGCUAUCGUGCUAUUCAAGGGUCAAGGAGUGAAAAAGAACAGAAGGCUUGCCUUAGAGCUGAUGAAGAAAGCCGCUUCCAAGGGAUUGCACCAAGCAGUCAAUGGCCUAGGAUGGUAUUACCACAAAUUCAAGAAAAAUUAUGUCAAGGCAGCAAAAUACUGGUUAAAGGCAGAAGAAAUGGGGAACCCAGAUGCGUCGUACAACCUUGGGGUUCUGUAUUUGGAUGGCAUUUUCCCGGGAGUACCUGGAAGGAAUCUGACACUAGCUGGUGAAUACUUCCAUAAGGCGGCCCAAGGGGGACACAUCGAAGGGACCCUGUGGUGCUCUCUCUACUAUAUCACCGGCAACCUAGAGACCUUCCCAAGAGAUCCUGAGAAAGCCGUUGUAUGGGCAAAGCACGUAGCUGAGAAGAAUGGCUACUUAGGCCAUGUGAUUCGUAAAGGCCUCAGCGCCUACCUGGAGGGUUCAUGGCAUGAAGCUUUGCUGUAUUAUGUGUUAGCAGCAGAAACUGGAAUUGAAGUGUCACAGACAAAUUUAGCUCACAUCUGCGAGGAGAGGCCAGAUCUGGCUGAGAGAUACUUGGGCGUUAAUUGUGUUUGGAGAUACUAUAAUUUCUCUGUUUAUCAAAUCGAUGCCCCUUCAUUUGCAUAUUUGAAAAUGGGAGACCUUUAUUAUUAUGGACACCAGAACCAGUCCCAAGACCUUGAGCUGUCUGUGCAGAUGUAUGCCCAAGCAGCCCUGGACGGAGACUCCCAGGGAUUUUUUAACCUGGCUCUGCUGAUUGAGGAAGGCACCAUUGUCCCACACCACAUUUUGGAUUUCUUGGAAAUUGACCCAACCCUGCAUUCCAGCAAUAUCUCCAUACUCCGGGAGCUGUAUGAAAGGUGCUGGAGGUACAGCAACGAGGACUCCCUCAGCCCCUGCUCCCUGGGCUGGCUCUACCUGCACCUGCGGCUUAUCUGGGGCGCUGUCCUGCACUCUGCCCUGAUCUACUUUCUGGGAACCUUCCUGCUGUCUGUGUUGAUCGCCUGGGCGGUGCAGCGUUUCCAGCUUGCCUCAGCCACUGGUUCCCUUCCAAUGCCAGCCUGGGCCUCUACAGACCCCACCUUGUCCACCACGACUCCAACUGUGCCUCCUGUUGCAGAUGGCCCUGGCCAUGACCAGCUCCCCGUGGCUGACAGCUCCGACAGCCCGGAGCCACAUGGGUGACCCUCGGACUCCAGCUCUCUCCGGCCGAGAGACACCCUUCAGCAGCUGCUUUGGGAAGGCUGGGGUCAGGGCAUUAUACUGGUGAAUACCUUUAAAAAGUCUUGACAACUGGAUGCAGAUUUUGCAGUGUGUCUUUUUUCUUAAAAAAAUCAAAUUACAAGGACAUGCUCAGAGCAGACUGCGGUGAUAUUAAAGGUUAUUAGAUGCUAGGAGCAUCUUGUUCGGAGGCGCACGUGGAAAGGCUGACUGGAUCAUCAGGUUUAGGUCCCUGAUGAGCGUAUGUUUUGGGAACUUGCCUUAUGAUAGGCAUAUUGUUUCUCAUACAUGGCUCUCCAUGCUCUCACGACUCUUAGUCCUUUGUUCAUCCCUUUUUUAUCAGAGAACAGAAAAUUGUGAAACUGUGACUCCUCUGUAGCAUGGACGAUGUUUUGGUACCCGAGUUGGCCACAGCCUGCUCCCAAAAGCCCGGCUGACAGGUUGCUUUGUAAGUUCCAAACCUGGCAGUUAGAAAGCACCUUGGGGGGAAAAAAAAAAACAAGCAAACAAACAAACAAAAACUCAGUGUAUGCAGGGAAGGCAAUGGCUUUGUACAUUGGUUUACAUUUUUCUCCUUGAAUUUUUCUAGAGUCGUAGUGCUUCCAAAUCAUUUGAUGACAUUGUUGGAUAUCUUUUAUGUUUCAGUUGCAAUCCACACAAUAACGUCUAGAGAAUCCUUAGUGUAUAAAGGUUGUCUUUGCCACAAAUUACCCAUUAGACUAGAGAUGGGCAGCAAUGCAAUAUGCAGAAAAAAAGCCUUUAGCUCAUAGUUUCAUCCCUAACCUUUAGGCCUGCCUGAGUCUAUAUAGGGGUGUGUGUGUGUGUGUGUGUGUGUGUGUGUGUGUGUGUAUGGUAAGAGGCAAGGUAGAACAGAAUGUCUGUAUACUGUAUGCUGCUAAGGUAGUCAAUAAAUCAGUAAUGCAAUAUUGUGGGACAAACUACCCUUUGCACUACUUUAUUUACAGUAGUAAAUAAAAUUAUUUUUAUACAGUUGA